UCGUGCGGUAAAUUAUUCAGGUCAUUGCGAUACGCGCUACGUUGAAGUCGACGAAGAGGAAACAAAGAAAUGUUUUUCCGAGAAUAAACAAAAAAUUAAACUUGUGAUAUUAAUAUUAUAUUAUAUAUAUUAAUUAAUAGUUAAAUGGCUACACUUUUAGGGCAACUUAUCGAUGGCAGGGAAGGUUCACAAUUGAUCGUUUUAGAAGAUUCAGUGGCACACAGUGGCCGGGCUCUUCUUCGCUGUAUCACAACCGAACUAGCCUACAGGUUGGACCAGGUGCACAUAUUCAACUUUGACACACCACCUGAUGUAUUCAUCAAUACCAUCGACACAAAAAUUAAAGGUAAACUACAGUGUCAUGAUGGAUGGACUAACCCACUACAGUGGAACUUAAACAGCUCAAAUGGUAGACAUAAUAGUUUAGAUAUAAGCAGCUCUGAAGAUGUUUUCAUGACAAAUGUGCAGAAGUGUAACCGGGACGACAGCAAGAGGGUCUGUGUUGUUGUUGACUCGUUAAGCCCUGUGCUACUUCGUAAGUCAAUCACGUACGUGUGUAAUGGACUAGACCAACUCAUCAGAUCCAAUGAUUUAGGAUUUGAAGUUUGUCUAGUUGUGUGUCUUCUUCACAAAGAUGUUCACGACGAGAAUGCGCUCCGUGCAAUAAACCACCUAGCAUCAACCGUGCUCACCCUGUCCUCCUACAUGUCUUUAGCUCCUUUAAGCGAAGCGCCUCUUGGCAUCUGUAGUAUUGUACAUAAACGAAAAACAGGCAAAGUGUUCAAAAAGAAAGAGGGCUAUAGUGUGGAUGGUGACUACAGACUCAUUACAUUCCCAGAGGAACAGAGACUAACUACUAUUCCAAUGGAAACACCUAAACAAGGAGAUCCUACAGCAAAUUUAACUUUCAAUUUGACAUUGCGAGAUUCUGAGAGACAAGCGAGAAGCGAAGUGGUUCUCCCGUACACACUUAGUGCUAAACGAAAAGCAGAUGAGUUGAAUCCAGGAGGAAAGAUUUACUACGAACCUGACGAUGCUGACGACUUUGAUGAUGAGGAUCCGGAUGAUGAUUUAGACAUUUGAGAGGCGGAGCCUACUACUGUCAAUCAACUCUUCAGAUGGUCUUCAUUCUACAUGUACCAGUACUUAAGCCAAUUUUCAGAAUUCUUCCUUUUCUAAAUUGGUUUUUAGAAUGCAAUAAAUAAAUUAAAAAAAAUUUAUAGAAAAAAGAUACAACGUUGGUAUUCGACAAAUAUUUUUGUUAACCAUUAUGUUUUGUUAUUUUCCUACAAGGUUUAAUUCUGUGCCUGUAUAUUAAUUAUUAUCUUCUCUGCCCGCAUAUUCAGAAUUUAAACAUGCUGAGAUCUCAGUAGUGGAUUGGUUGGGAUGUGGUGCAUAGCCUUAAUUACAUAUAAAAACUUGAAUUUUUGAACUGUAUUUAAAGAUAAAACGUUAGAAACUGCUACAGUACUUAAAUUCACAUGGAGAGAAAUAUUCUCUAGUUACAGUAUAUCUGUCCCAAUAGAUUACCACAGUCGUGUCGCCACGACGCCAGUUGGCGCCCUCUAUGGUCAUCAGACGUUGGUUACCGUUCAAUACGCCUGAGUGACUUCAUAGGCUUUCUGGAAUAGGCAUUUUUAAAUUCAAAAUCAAAAUGUAAUAAAAACACAAAAGCUCGCAUUAUAUUAGUUAUCAAACACACAUUUAAUGAUCAAUUUAAAUUUACAAAGAAAAAGUAAUAUACAACAUCUUAAUAAUUACGUUAGAAAUUGGAAUCAAUAGUUUUUGUCAGUGGAGAAGAUGGCGUCCGGUUGAACUCAUUUUGCAACGAUUGCAAUGGAGUAGUAUCAUGUGGUAUUGUGACGUAACACUGUAGUACUUUAUGGGUUAAGGGUGUAUGUUAACUAGGUGGGGAUAUCAAUAAAAGGGGUCAUACCACACCCUAUGUAUCGCAAUUGAUAAAUUUUUUCAUAGAUUUUAAAAAUCACCUUUAAAUGUGUUUAUUAACUACAAUCACGUGAUCCUCAAUCCACCUUAUGAUUGGUCAGAUUUAUUUAUCUUUUAAAAAAAAUUGUUUUGUAUUUAUCCUUUGUAAGACACUGAACUGCUAUGAAACAGAUUCAAAUAUAUUUGAUCAAACUUCGACUUGCAACAAAAAGACACGUUUUAAACCAGAUAUGUCUGGGAGAAGCUUUAUGAUUUAAAAAUAUUUGUUUAGUCUGUUUUGGCAGGAUUUGAACUAAGGACCAUGAUACUAAAAAUGGGGCACCUCCAACCAGUUGCAUUCAGUAUAUACAUUUAAAAUCAUUUAUUUGUUGAUCAACCUUGAUAAUACGUAUUCACUGGAUAUUAAUAUUGCCUCAACUUUAAAUUCCCAGAAAUCGUCUUUCAUUUUUUAUUUGAUUUCUUUUAGUAUUAUAUUUAUUACAGUGAGCAGCCAAUCAGGGCAAAGAACAGAUACAAUGAAAUUAUAGUUGAAUUAAGCUAUAGUUAAUCACAUUAGACUGUCUAAUGUUGUAAAUGAAUCAUAUCUGAGCAGUCAAAAAAUAAACCUAUCAGAUUAUAAAUGAAUUCAUAUUGUUGACCGAUCACCUUUCAAAGUUAUAUAUAAGUCAGCCAAUUAGACACUGUAAAUGUUUACCAAGCAACAAAAAAUCAGAUGAACAAAUUAAUUAACCCAAAGAUCCUGGUGCUCAAAAAUAGACAAUUGUAAUUUAUUAAUAAAUUCCAUAAUUGUGAUUUUUUUUUUGUAUAUCAAAGAAAUUUAUCUUUUUAUUCAAUAGUAUAAAAUGUUUUGAUUCCUUCUAAUGAAAUGGUAUUCCAUUUUUUAAGAAAAAUAUUUAUAAUCGAAUUACUGUAGCCUUACCAAUAGAAUAUCACCUAAAUUUCUAUUUAAGCUAUUUAAUAGUUUGCCAAUAAGUGUUGUGUUCCAUGUUCAACACUGGUUGCAGUCUGGGGCGAAUCAGGAUAUUUUUAAAAAGUGGGCUUGUAGCUUCUAGGAGAGUGGGGCAUGGAUGUCACUGUGCCUCCUGUGUACAUCUGCAAAUAGCAGUAUGUGUUUUCCUAACUUUGAUUUUAAUGAACUACCCACCAUUACCAUAUACGUUAUCUUACAACAUUAUUAAACAAAUUUAGAAAUUAACUUGUUAAUUACUUAUCUUUGACUGUAACAGCAUGUGCAUACAUGUAGCCAUUCCCUCCCACUCAAAAUAUAUCUGCGUACCCAUGUGUGUGACCAUGCUUUUGAAAAAGGCCUAACCAUGUUUUACAGGGAGACAAACCCCUUUUCACACAAUUGUAAAGGAAUUCUAAAUCCAGAAUAGAUGGAUGUUUGCGCUGCUAAUACCAUACCACAUUGUCUUCCACUCUCAAUAGCAUACUUAGGGGGUGCGCGGGGAUGCAUUCCCCCAAUUGAAAAAGUAUCACCUUAUUUUGCAAACUAGUUCAGUGCAUGACCAUAACCAGCCAAUGUAAUUAGAAAUAAGAAGUAAACAUUUGUACAAAAACUGGUCAAACCUUUGAUAUAUUAUAAUACAUUUAAGAUGACCUUGCUGGGAAUUCCUGAUAGGGGGUCCCAGCAGGGGUCUUUUUCCCCUCUUGACCCCCGCUAGCGCUGCCCCUGGUUCUAAUAUCUGCACCUGCAGCAAGAUGUGAUAUUAAAUAUCUUUAGCUUUUUUAGUAGUUAAGUGACCAUUUCAGAAUUUGUUACUAAUUGUGCCUCAUGUAAAGUGCCUAGCACAGCUUUACCAUUCAAUUCCAGUAGUGGAUACAGAUAAUUUGAACAUGUUUCAUGCAAGAUGUUCAUUGACGUUAAUUUACAUUCCUAACUUUAAAUAUUUAUUUCUUAAAACAAACAGCGAUAAAUUAUCCAUAUUUACAGGCUUUCAUCUUUUAUGUUUACAUUAAAAUAAUAAUGUUUUCUAACAAAUAUUGUAAUUAAUUAUAAUUUUGUAAUUAUAAUUUAUUAUAAUUCAUUACAUUUAAUUUUUAUAUUAUAUUUUUUUGUUAUAUCAUUUUUCACUAAAAUGAUUAGGACUUACUGUUUUCAAUUUUUUUUGGAGAAAUUAUAGUAAUACUGUAUACUCAGAAUUGUAACAACACACUGUUGCUGAUUAAGGGCAUACACUGUGCCCUGAACCUGUAUCAUGUUCAACAUAGAUAAUGUAUAUAUAUUAUAUAAGUACUCUCUAAGCUGGGUGUAUUAUAUUCAUCUCUCCAUCAAGGAGUAAAACAAGAGGUUGCCUUGUUGUCCAUGUUAGCCAAUAAGUAAUCCAUUGACUGAGGGAAAUGUAUUGUUGUAAGUACUCUGUCAAUUGUAAAACGGGAAGAUUCAGAAUGUUUUUGCGAUGGAGGGGCACACACGUAAUGUGUUAAGGACUGGGGGUAGGGAUUUAUUGGUUGCUGCCAGGAACAUGUGUUUUUUUUUUGCCCUGGAUCUGUUUGUAAAAAAACAAUACUCACAAAGUUGUACAGUAAUCAUUUGAACAAAAGAAAAAAAAAACAAACUUCAGUAGCUUAGAGUUAUUAGGUCAGGAAUACAGUAUAUUAAUACACAAAUAAAUAUUAGGGUACCCCCUGUAAAAAAACUAUUGAUGCUAUUACCUUCUGUGCUAUUUCACCCUCUAUUUUGUAAUCUAUUAAUUAGGAUGAAGGAACAGUUUUCCUGUGCUGUUGUAAACCCGGAUUGUAAAAUAUUUUGAAGACAAAUUUCUGAUGUAAAUUUUUACCUUGAGAAACAAACUAUCCUUGUUUUUUUCUGUAAUAAAAGUUGUUUAAACACCA